AUGGAGUCACAACCCCAGACAGAGAGCUCUGGGAAAGCGCGGCCCACGCGGCACGACUGGCCCCCUAGGGCCCUGCGGUCGAACAAGAAGCAAAGCCCGACUGCUUUGGCACGAGCGACGAGCUACAUGCGGCAACUGUGGUCGAAUGGCAUCAUCUUCCAAGCGGUGGGAAUUCCCCUGCGACACCUGCUUGCAUUCUACGGCCUCCGGCUCUGCCUCAGUGGACAGGUGCCCUGGCGUACGGGCCUCUUGGCUUUGGCUCUCUGGCCCAUUAGCGGCUUCGGCGUCACCGCAGGCGUACACAGGCUGUGGACGCACCAGUCCUACGUGGCAUCCCCUAUGUUAGAGGCGAUGCUGAUGCUCAUGUUUUCCAUGGCGGAUCAAGGCCCCAUCCAGGGUUGGGCUCUGACGCAUGCCAUGCACCACGUUGCCAGCGACACGCGCUGUGAUCCACAUGACCGGAACGCGGGCUUCUGGUACGCGCACGUGGGCUGGCUGUUCUCUGCGACGAAGUUUCGGCUGGCCACCAGGGAAUAUCGGCGGGUUGUGGAAAAUUUCGGCCCGACCGUGAAGUUUCACGAUGCGUGUUCGCUAUGGUGGGACCCCCUCUGGUCCCAUGGGGUGCCAGCCGCAUUGGCAGCGCUCUGGGGGGAUGUUCGGGGCGGCCUCUUCGUGGCAGGCGCCCUCCGCUGGAUGAUCGUUCAGCACAUCACCUUCGCAGUGAACUCUCUGGCGCAUGGAGAGCAGGACGGGAACGCCUACGCGUUCGAUCCUAAGGCUUUCGGCAUCGGGCCCAAGGUGAGCGUGCUCGUUUCUCUGCUGGCGCUGGGCGAGGGCUGGCACGACUACCAUCACCUCUUUCCGUGGGACUACGCAGCAGCGGAGCUGGAUGCCUGGGACCAGUACAACCCAACGAAGGUUUUCAUCGAUGGAUGCUGCUUGCUUGGCUUAGCCAAGGACCGGCGGCGGUGUUCUCGACGACUGCAGGACCUGAGACGAUCGCAGCUCCUUGCCGGCUCCGUGGAAGGCGAAGAGUUGGAGUUCGAGGUGGUUGGCCUUCCUUUCCUGCGCUACAAGCGGCCUCUGAGCCUGAUGCCGCGUGAGACGAAGUAA